GGUAGGUCCGGAGCCUCAGUCCCGCCCUCGGCCCCUCCCCACCCCACCCCGCUCUGGGCCAGGCCACCCAGCCAAAAGGCAGGUAGGGAUCUGGGACGGCACAGAAUCCUGCUUGGUCCCGAGGCAGCCGUCUAGCCUGCCGCCUGCCUGCCUGCCUGUCUGUCCCCAGAGCUGAGCUAUGGAGAGAGCAAGUCUGAUCCAGAAGGCCAAGCUGGCAGAGCAGGCCGAACGCUAUGAGGACAUGGCAGCCUUCAUGAAGAGUGCUGUGGAGAAGGGCGAGGAGCUCUCCUGCGAAGAGCGAAACCUGCUGUCCGUGGCCUACAAGAACGUGGUGGGUGGCCAGAGGGCGGCCUGGAGGGUCCUGUCCAGCAUCGAACAGAAAGGCCAGGAGGAGGGCUCGGAGGAGAAGGGCCCAGAGGUGGGAGAGUACCGGCAGAAGGUGGAGACCGAGCUCCGGGGCGUGUGCGACACCGUGCUGGGCCUGCUGGACUCCCACCUCAUCAAGGAGGCCGGCGACGCCGAAAGCCGGGUCUUCUACCUGAAAAUGAAGGGCGACUACUACCGCUAUCUGGCCGAGGUGGCCGCCGGCGAUGACAAGAAGCGCAUCAUCGACUCUGCCCGGUCAGCCUACCAGGAGGCCAUGGACAUCAGCAAGAAGGAGAUGCCGCCCACCAACCCCAUCCGCCUGGGCCUGGCCCUGAACUUUUCCGUUUUCCACUAUGAGAUCGCCAACAGCCCCGAGGAGGCCAUCUCACUGGCCAAGACCACCUUCGACGAGGCCAUGGCUGACCUGCACACGCUCAGUGAGGACUCCUACAAAGACAGCACCCUCAUCAUGCAGCUGCUGCGAGACAACCUGACUCUGUGGACGGCCGACAACGCUGGGGAAGAGGGGGGCGAGGCACCUGAAGGGCCCCAGAGCUGAGCCACGUUGCUACCUUCCCUGCCCUGCCCUGCCCGCUCCAGCCCCACCCACCCCCAGCGGAGAGGACUAGACUGGGGUGGGAGGCCCGACCCUCUCCCCAAUGCUCUGCCGCAGCUCAGAGGGGCUCCAUGGAGAGGGACCAGCAGAGCGGAGGCCCCUGGAGCCACUGGAUCCCACUCCUCCUGCAGCUGUCGGGUUCUCCUAACCACUGGUCAUUCCACCCAGCCUGCUCUCUGCGCCCCUCCAACCCUACCCGGGAACCGGCCACUUCUGCCUCUUCCCCCCUCUUGACUCCCUCCUGCCCCUGCUGCCUCUGGAUCUUAGGAAUUGAGUGUCCCACCCAGUGGCUGAGAACUGGACCGUAUGGCAGAGGCUGGAGAUGAGAGUGAGGUGUGUGUGUGUGUGUGUGUGUGUGUGUGUGUGUGUGUGUGUGAGAGAGAGAGAGAGAGAGACAGAGAGAGAGAGAGAGCGCGAGAGAGAGACCAGAAUGAGAGGGAAAGCAUGUCUGCUGGGUGUGACCAUGUUUCCUCUCAAUAAAGUUCCCCUGUGACAAAU